AUGAUCAUGUUACCACCAAUAUUUCUUACUAUACUAGCUGUUGUUUCAGCACAAUCAUGCUAUUAUCCUGAUGGAUCUGUUGCUGAUAAUGAUGUUCCCUGCACUGAUAAUGAGAAUACCUGGUGUUGUGGUAAGGGGACCAUCUGUAUGACAAAUCUAUACUGUGUGAAUAUCUCCCCGCCAUAUGUGUUGAGCGCAGGAAGCUGUACAGAUGUAAGCUGGGACCAAGAUACUUGUGCGCCAGAAUGUGAGGAAUAUGCAAAUGGCGAUAAACGCAGCGCAGGCGUGUCGAUCAUCGAACUAUCAGCCAACAAUAGUGCCUCCCCCCGUAUCUACGAAUACUGCUGCGGUGGAAUCACGAGUAACGGCAGCGAAGCCGUGUGUUCGUACGGUUCGUCGUUUCAAAUCGACACUGGGACCAUCAUUGCCGGUCGGGCUGCUCUGGUCAAUUAUACAGAUACCUCGAACACUACCUCUUCCUCAGCGACUGCAACAGCGAGUGUUUGUCCGACAAUAGAGAAAUCUCCCUCAGCAACUAUAACAGCGAGUGCUUGUCCGACAACAGAGAAAACUUUGUCUGGCAGGUCUGGUAAUGUCGCUAUUGGAGCAGGAGUGGGCGUACCCCUUGGAGUAAUCGCUGUUGCAUCUCUCGCCUGGGCAUUCUGGGAACGAGGCCAGCGGAGGAAAUUGCUCACAAGAGGAAAAGCAUUGGCAGUCACUCCUGGGCCAUUUGUGACAACUAUACCGCCAUCGCCGUUUCCCUUUGAGGGCCCGCCGAUGGGUGAAUUGGGGGUACAGAAUAGGCCAGUGGAGCUGUUUGCCUACCCGGGGAGAUAG